CACAUAAUUUUCUCACAGAACUCUCCCUCCACAUUACCAUCUGCUGAUCAGUUCGCCAGCUCAUCUCUUUCUCAUCAAACCUCAUCAUGUUCAAGACGACAGGAAACACCAAAGGAACCGUAACGCACAGAUUCCGAAAACAAUGCGAUCUUUGUAGAGGCAUUACACAAAACAACUAAGAGAAAGUAUUAUCAUGUGAUAUCCCUGAAAGGUCCGCCUUAGCUGAUAGCUUGAUGCAAGAACGGCUUUGGUGGGGGCAGGUCUUUGCUAUAAAGAUAUCCUCAAAGCUGCUGGAAAUCAGUAACACCCUUGUGUUUAAUUAUUGUCACCUGUCUGUGUCGGGUUACCACCAACAUCAUGAAACACUUGGAGCAGUCAAUUGCAGCUCCUAAAUACAUAUUACCAACUCUACAUCACGAUCUUAGAGAUAUGCUCACUACUCAGUCUGAAUAUCAGGAUAUAAAUAAGAUUUUAUUGCUUAUACUAUGCAUACGGUACUUCCGCCAUGGACAGUGGGCGCUGUCAGUCGCAUCAGAGAAGGCUGAGAAAGCAACCAAGGACAAGAAGGUAGAAAAGAGAGGGCUGAUUGGAUUGGGCUAUGCUGGUCACGGCCUUGGACUAGGAGGUCAUGGAAUCGCUAUUGGUGGUGGUCAUGGACUCGGCCUUGGUGGAGCUGGAAUCGGCUUUGGAGCAGUGGGAGCUGCAGGACCAGGAGUGGAACUGAGCAGACACACCCACACUCACACCACUAUCACCAGAAACAUCGGAGUACCAGUACCACAACCCGUACCAGUUCCAGUUGACAGGCCGGUUGCUGUGCCUGUUGGAGUCAGAGUUCCAGUACCAGUAGAUAGACCAUACCCAGUUGUGAGACCAGUACCUUAUCCAGUGACUGUUGAGAAGACAGUAGCCGUACCCGUAGACAGACCUGUUGGCGUUCCUGUACCUCAUCCCGUACCCGUAGCUGUAGACAGGCCUGUUGGUGUACCAGUAGCUCAUCCAGUUCCCGUUGCUGUGGACAGACCAGUCCCAGUACCUGUGGCCAUUCACGGACAUGGAUUCGGUGACGGACACGGACUCGGUCACGGACACUGGUGAUCAAAUAUAAAUACACCUUCUAGUGUAUUAAAAUGUCUAUUUUUGUAAAUAAACUAGAAAAAAUCUAUGAUUUCAACCUUUA